AGGACGAGUAGAAGCCUAAAUUCACGAGUCAGCAGCAAAUUAGUUUUUUUGCACAGACUCAGCGUUCUUGAGCGAAUCCGGAGAAGACUCAUUCUUGUCUCCGCCAGAGGAGUAGAUGUAGCAGUAGAUGUAAAUCAAAAUGAUUUCCGCGCCGGUGGAGAUGGAGAAGGCUGACGUAGCUGCAGCACAGCUUGUCAAGACAACACCAGACACUGACGUCAUUACGGACGAACUUGCAGCUGAGCAGGAGCGAUUGUGUCGCUACUGCUUCGAAGAUGACCAGAACGGAGAACGGCCUCUCAUUUCUCCCUGCGAUUGUGCAGGUGGGCAGAAGUAUGUCCACCUAGACUGCUUGCGGCGGUGGCAGCGGGCCGUGCUGGUGACCCAGCCUACACACCCAUCGCUCUACGAUCGCGAUGUUCGCCACCAUACCUGCAACGUGUGCAAGGCCCGGUUUACCUGCCCCCCGCCCACCCGGCACGAACUGAUGCAAAGUUUCACUGGCGGGGAGAUCGCGGCGCUCAUUCAAGAAAACUCCAUAAUCGCCAGUCACGAAAGCUACAAUCUACGGCUGCGGCAGCAGAUGGAGCGCGAUCUACGGCAGACGCUCUCAAACAGCUUUCUGCUCGCGGCAAACGAGCCAGCUGAUUAUAGUCCACCUGCGAGGACCGGGCCCGGAGCUGUGCGAACGGGCGACGCAGCUGCAGCAGCGUCCGCAGAAGCAGCUGAAGAUGAAGUUGAAACCGCAGCUGCCUCCUCUUCCAGACGAGGACGAUCCCAUGACGCAGGGCGGCCCGCGCUGGAAGUACAAGGCGAUUUAUCCGAAGAUACCGCCACCUCUUCACGUAUACGCGAUCCGGUCGACGUCGCUGAAGUCGCACGAGAAUUGCAAUCUGGAAAUAGUCUGCCGCGCGUUAUCGAGGAUGCGUUCGUGCAAAGUCUCCGGCAGACCGGUCCGCCGCCACACCCAAAUCGGGAUCGCAUCAACGCUGUUUACCUGAUUUCCAAGGUCGAAGAGCCGGAGAAGAGUUCUGAGCGCGUAUUUCGCAACGCAGGCGAGCUCUUGCAUUUUAUGUUGCUGCUGGAAGACGAGCACGGCGAGCCCGCAGUUGCUUUCGGCGACAAGUAUGGCGCUUUGGCGCUCGACAACCUGCGGUACAUGCAGCGAAUACAGGACGAUCCAGCCACGUUUCUUGCAGGUCCAGACGCUGCCUCGGAUGAAGCACCGGCAUCGUGGUCGCCCCCGCCUACCGCGAGUACUAAGAGAUCAUGAUAUCGAUGCAUCAUACAUUCAGUUUCAGGAUCGUUACAAGUCUUUUGUGUUUUCUUUUCGGGGGCACUUGCGACGGAUUUGCAUAUACAAAGGUAAAGGAAAGAAGAUGACUCAGGAAGAGAAACUCAAACUUACAUUGCAGAUGCGAUGCCCCACGAACUGUUCGAUGCACACAAAAAUUUCAGGCCGUUCCACGCCAACCGACGGCGAUGUUGACAUGACGGCGAACCACGUUGCGGUUCCACCAAUGGCGAUGUCCCCCGAUGCGCGAACAGCCACUACGGCACCAGGAGACAGCACCCCGCUGGACUCGCCCAGCUCACCUGCGGCUUCUUCUGAGCAGCCGGAUAAUUCUAGCCCCGCAUCCUCUUCGGAACAGCACCACCUGUUGACGGUUCGCGAAGUGGUCUCUGCCGCGACCACUGGGCGAGCACCAGCCUCCGUUGGCCGCGGGAGAACAGCUACUAGAGGAGGUGAAGUACUAGGCGAGAAUCGUGGUGUUGCUGGAAGUGCUCCCUCUGAACAAGUAAGCCGCUCAACAACCACAACAACAUCGACCGCCGCUCUUCCGCCCACUAUUGCCCAUAUCGUCGAACAGGCGUCGAUUGGAGCGGAUACGGCGGUCUUGCGGUAUGACGGAAAGGCGUCAUACAUUCGAAACGCUGUGGCGAAUAUUAUGGGCGGCCUGCAACGGUCCGCCGACCCGAAGCACCCCUUCCACAAAAUCCCGUGUCUGACCAAAGAGGAGCUGGAGGAGGCGAACUUGAGAGAGACAAAAGCAAAGAGGACGGAAAGGGAAAAGAAGAACGCGAAAACGAGCAGCGGUGGUGAUAAAAAGACCAACGAAGAAGGGGAAUUCCGGAAGGAACAACCACGUGAGAUUUUCGUGAAACGGCAUCAGAACAAGUUGCGCAAGAAGCUCGUGAAAAUUGGCGGAAUGGAAGCCGCGUGGAUUGACUGGGCAGCCUGGUUCGUUUUGAUGCUGGAGCAGGUCAACAACGAGCUCAUGGCGAAUCUACGCGCUUCGGGCAUCGCCGCAGCACCCGCAGUCGAGAAGGAUGAGGACCAGAAAAUACAGCAGGAGGUGGAGGAAGUUGACGGGAUCGAGACCCCGACGACCGCGGACGUGGCGCAAGACAAUACUCAGCACGACAAAAAUGCACUGUUCGUGGAGAGCACUCUGAUGUGGUCGCCUGGGGACAGGCGUGGUAUUCUCACGGGGGACGUCCUGAAUGCAGCUACAAGCGGCCAGAGCUGCGCGAGUAGAAGCAGAGCGGCCAUGAUCCACCCACUGGUUCCCCUGCACGCCUUUAAUCCCGACGAGAGCAAGUCGGGAAAAAGUAAAUGUAAAAAUGUGAAGAAGCGUCCGAAAGAGGAAUGGUUUGACCUGCAGAUGACACAAGUGGAAAAGACCAUUUGGCCAUCCUACACAUUUCCGGUCACUGCCAAGUUCUCUCUGGCCGACGACUCUGUCACGUGCGGCGAAGACCGGGUCACGGCAAUCAACCUGGCGAGGAGACACGAACCACUGAUGCAGGCGACGACCACACGAGGCACUGAUGCACAUAGAAAGGAUAGUACAGCCAGGAAUUAUUGUACAACGACGCCCCCACCAGCAUCAGCUGGUACAACAGAAGUCCGCGGCACGCCAGCCUCACUGACGACCCCAGGGACAAAUCCCGCUGCAAAUCGCCUCUUGACACUGCUGCGCGAGUGCGCCCUGGGUGAAUCUGCUGAAGCCGAUGCAGCGAUGCACAUGGGGCCGGAAACCCAGGAAAAGUGCGAGCCACUGUUGAUGGAGGUCAAGCAGCAAUUGAGAGACGUGAAGUACCAAAGGGCUACCGAUCUCGUCCACAUUGAACACCUGAUCGGCGGCCCGAAAAAGUCGGAAGCCAUCACGGCGUGCGUGGUUUUAGGCGGCGUCCACGAAGGCUGGACGAUCACCACAGGUAAGGACUGCCUCACGAAAGCGGUGGAACUAAGUUACACGCGUGCGCUGAAGCGGGAACCGGACCUGGAGGGAACGCACGUUUUUGCGGGCCAGGUAUUUGUGAUUUUGUUCAUUAUAUAUAAAGAUACAACAAAAGCUACAUACAGAUUGAGAUACAAAGUUAAAGUCAUCAUGAAGAUCCACAAGACGUGCCGAGUCACACGAUCGUCUUUUUCAGGUUGUUUCAAUCCACGGACUGAAGGGCGCUCCGCAUCUCAACGGGGAGCUAGGUGUGGCAUUACUUUUCAAUAUCGCUACUGGCCGCUGGCUGGUCCGCCUCGCUAACGGUGAUGGGAAGCAGCUGAAGCCGGAUAAUCUCCAGCCCGCAUCUGGGUCCUCGACCCCCCUCGAGCACCUUUUUCAGCACCCGAAGCAACCGUCAUUGACGAAAAAUGGGACUGAGGACAUCGCUGUGCAGAAUGAAGAACAAGCUACUGUAGUUCCUCCAAGUACUAGUUGUAGGAAAGAAACAGAUAAGGUGACAAAAGCAAUACAGGAAGAGUCGGCCUUUGAUUUGUCUGCCGGCGGUUUUGUGAAUUACGCCCCUGAGCACAUGAAACAGGUAGCUGUCGUGUCUGCUGCUACGACUUCUACACAAAAAGUCUCUAGUAAGGGAGCACCCGCCGAAGCCGUGCAAACGCAAACCGAGUCAUCUCACAUUGUUCCGGCGUACACAAACCAGACGAGGGCCGACCUAGCAGCCGAGCGAAAAAAACGGAAAGAUCUUGCUGCCUCCUUCGGAGCGGCACUCGUCUCGGGCAAGAAAAAGAAACCGAAAGCGGCUCCUGCCUCAUCUAAUGCCGACGAAGAUAAAACAAAGACGAUAACAAGAAACGACCACUCGACCCCCGAGGAGGUAAGGCCGAUGUACUCGUUCAUACCACUUGCACUUCCAAGUCGAUUGUUGAAGAAGAACUUCCGAUUUGAUUGAAACUGAAAAUUUCAACAAGAGUCUGACUUUUUUGAUCUUCAGGUGCAGAAACAUGUAGACGGGGCCAGUACCAUCGGGGCUCUACUGCCGCAAGCGCAAUCCAAGUUCGCACCGCUCCCAAGAGCACCUGCGACGAACCGUAACGACAGCCCGUUUCUACCCAUUUUUCCGACCGUGCUUUGCGUUUGGGGAGAGGAACGGUGGACGCGCACCCAACUGUUGGGAGAGAUUGCGAAGGGCAACUGGGGACUCUGUCACGCCAACGUAACCGACUUCGCAACGGCGCCUGCAAAAAAGUGGGCAAACACCAAGGGGCGGCUCGUCUACGCGCCAAUCUCCGAAAUGUCGGCAAAUUACAUUCGAGACGCGGAACGAGAUAUGGCCAUUGCAAGGGCCCGUCAGCGAGCUGCAAACAGCAGUCCGACUCCGAGCCCGACGGCAGGACAAACGCCCGCGCCGGGAGGUGGACAGACGGCGCCGCGACCUGCGCCGCAGACCUUCGUGUCUCCGGGUUCCGGUUAGGACGCGCGAGAUACCAGCAGAGCUCGCUUUCCAGUUUUUCAGCAGUCCGUGACGUGGCGAGCGCGCAUGGUCAAAAUUGUCUUACUUUGUACUUUGAAAUGUUGAAUUUUGUGUACGAGGUUUUUUAUCUGGCUCAAAAAUGAAAAGUGUUGUAUGUACAUGUGGAAAUUUAUCAUCCAGCAUUGUUUAGUUUUUCUCAUGUGCAGGCCUAAAGCGGCUCUCACAAAAAGGAUUUUUCUUCAAAUAGCGCUAAGACCACACGAGAGAAGCUAAAAACUUCGCCCGGAUUCCGUGUAUCCAAUAUGAACAAACAAACAAUCAUCCAGCAUCUACGUUUUUAAUGAAAGCCUCACUUUCCAUAGCACAGAAUCCUCAUUCGAUUAUGUCAUGUUUCUGUAGUUGAAAUUUUACGCGGCUGUGCGCAUUGAUUCGCUUUUGCCUCACGACAGAAUGCACGGGCACCGCGACCGCAUUUGAGAUUGUCUCACACACUGUGUACCUUGACAGGUUAAUGAUGUCAUGCAUGGAAACAUCAUUGAAAUUCAAUUGAAUGAUUUAGAUUUUGAACGGAAUUGGAAUCACGCACGAAGAAGUUGAUGCAUGAUGAUGAUGUUGAGCAUGAGCCCGGUCGCUGUAGUUUAU